CCUUUUGCUCAAUUUUUUAAAUAAUCCCAAAUUUCUGAUUUUUUUUUUCUUUUUAGAACUCCCGCACCAUUUGGAGUAAAUUCAAUUGCCGCAAAUACCUUAGCAUGUCUGCUAAGUUAUCGAUGGACAUGCAUUCAUAUCGUUGAUGAAUGCCUUGAGAAUAGCAUACACUUUUAACAAAAGUAAAGAGAUUUUAUGCAUAUGGAAGGCUUGUUUGUACGGCAGAUACCAUGCUUUUGGUAAAAUGAUUUGUUUUGGUUUGAAAAUUCGGAUGGUGGCUAAUUAACUAUUCAGAUACUUCGUGUGGAGCUAAACCUACGAGAUAUUCGAUUUCUUCGCUCCUUGCUUUGUAAAAAUAAUCCAUGUAUGCUAUUAAAUAUUCUGAUCCAUAGUGAUAUUUGUUGAGUUUAAAAAUGGGUAUGAGGUGCAAUUAUCAUUUUCUGGCAAUCUACACUUUUAUUGCAUUAUUUUUCCCUUUUAUCGACAGGUUCUGGAUGGAAAGCCUUAGUACGCAACAGAGAAGGAUAUUAAGUGAAUAUCAAUCUAUAACACAUUCUGAAGAUGUUCCUAAUUCAAUACGCAUCCUUGAUGAAAACGAUUGGGAUCUAGAGACUUCUGUGCAAAAUAGAUAUAUACCAAGUGGUUAUAAGAGACAACGUUAUAAAAGAGAUGCGACUGAAGAUUAUGACGAAGACAACGACUCUCCCUCUUCCACUUCAGCUUUGUUGGGGCACAGUGGGUCUUCUACUGCUUCUUCGUCAACAGCUCAAAGAAAGCCUAAAUGGCGUAUUUUAACAGCUUUCAUGUGGCCUUUUAAUUUUGUAGGCAAAAUUACUUGGCAUAUAUUCCACUAUUCAGUCCGCUUAAUUUAUAGACCAACCAUUACACCACCCCGCCGAAGAGACCCUAGAUCAGAAGCAGACCGGUUUUUACAAAACUUUGAAUCGACGUAUGGCACGAUACACCCAGAUUUUUUCAGCGACGGUGGUUAUAUGCAAGCACUAAAAACAGCUAAGGAUGAGCUGAAGUAUAUGAUGGCUAUUUUAUGUAGUGAAGAGCAUGAUGACAAUGAUACGUUCUGCAGGCAAGUUUUGGCAGAUACAGAGUUGUUGGAAUUUCUACGCCAACAUGAAGUAGUCGUAUGGGCAGGAAAUGUCCGUUAUGCAGAAGCAUAUCAAGUCAGCAAUAUAUUACAGGCUACGACAUACCCCUUCGUGGGUAUCAUUGCUCUACAGCCUCCAACAAGUAACAGUACUAGCAGCAGCAUGAACUGUCAGCGAAAGAUGGUUUUGAUGGAUCGCAUAGAGGGGCUCACCAGUGCUUCCAGUAUUGUUCGUCGAAUGGAAACUGUGAUGCAAUUAGUUGAUGCUUCACUCCAAAGUUUGCGUGAGGAACAGGAGCAAAGAGAGACAGAACGUAGAUUAAGACAGCAACAAGACGAAGCUUACCUUGAGAGCUUGAGAGCUGACCAAGAAAAGCAGAAACAAAAAGAGGCAGCAGAAAAGGCGCAAGUGAAACGUGAGUUGCGUGCGCGUCUUCGUGAACAAUAUAUCAAGUACUUGUGUCAAACUAUACCGGAAGAGCCUACAACGGCGCCAUCAUCAUCAAAUUCUAUCAAAUCUGUAACCAAAAUCAACUUUAGAAUGGCGAAUGGCGAACGAGUGCUACGCAAAUUUAAAGCUGAUGACACAUUAAAGGAUAUAUAUAAUUUUGUCGAAGCUUAUCCAUACCUAAAAGAAAUGGAAGAGGGGCGAACGGUUAAUUAUCCAUCAGAAGCAAGUACUAGCAGCAGUGCACGUAAAAACAUAUCUCCUAUUGGUAGACCGGAGAGUUAUGUACAUCGGUUCAACUUCUCCAUACAUACAUCAUUUCCAAGAAAGGUAUAUGAAGCUGACGAUAACAGGAAGCUGGCGGAUGAAGAGGGACUUUGGCCAAGCGCGACAUUAAUAGUUGAUACCAUUGAUAAUGAAGAGGAAGACAAAGAUGAUUUUUGAUUUAUAACAUUAGAUAUCCCUUUACAUUGUAUAAUAAUAAAAGCGUUAUUAUUUAUUUA